CAGAGUAACCGUUGUCACUAGCGCUCUAUUCGGCAAUACGGUGAGUGAGAUGUCGUUCUUCCGACAGUCGCUGCUCUGACAUGUUUACUUCCGUUCCAGGUUUUGGAAAAUAUUAGAGCUCGUCGUGCACUCGCUUUCGAGUUAGUUGCUACAGGCGCACCGUUCAAGAGCUGAUAUCGUCGAAGUGUGUUCAGUGUCGUACAGUAAUUAGUUACUUGUUAGUGUCGUUGGUCGGUGAUUCGUAGUUGUCGCGUCGUCUCUGGUCAGUGUCUUGUGUCAGUGUGAUAAUUAUCAGUACUGUUUACAACUCCUCGAUCUGAUUGUUGUGUUGUUUUCUGUGCGUUUUAUGUGCUACGUUUCUUCUACUGUCAUUCCAAUUGGAUUAUAAAAACCAUACAUACAUAAAUUCAACCAGAGAUGGGGAAUGUUCACACUUGCGGACCGAACGAGGCGCUCGUCGUAUCAGGGGGAUGCUGUGGCUCCAUGAGAAAACGGACCAUCGUGGGUGGCUACGCGUUCACCUGGUGGUUCGUUACGGAUGUUCAGCGGCUGUCUCUCGAAGUGAUGACCUUGAACCCCCGCUGCGAGUACGUGGAGACCGCUCAAGGCGUACCAUUGACCGUGACCGGGGUCGCCCAAUGUAAGAUCAUGAAGGCUGACGAACUUCUGCACACGGCCAGCGAGCAGUUCCUCGGAAAGACUGUCAACGAGAUCAAAUCGACCAUUCUGUCAACUCUGGAGGGUCACUUGCGCGCCAUUCUUGGAACUCUUUCUGUAGAAGAGGUGUACAAAGACCGCGACCAGUUCGCAGCACUAGUACGCGAAGUGGCAGCGCCUGACGUGGGCCGCAUGGGCAUUGAGAUCCUGUCUUUCACCAUCAAAGAUGUCUACGAUGACGUUCAGUACCUGGCUUCCCUCGGGAAAGCCCAAACAGCCGCUGUGAAACGAGACGCUGACGUCGGCGUCGCUGAGGCGAAUCGAGAUGCUGGAAUUCGAGAAGCGGAAUGCGAGAAAUCAGCGAUGGACAUAAAGUACAAUACCGACACUAAAAUCGAAGACAAUGCGCGACUUUACCAACUGCAGAAGGCGCUUUUCGAUCAAGAAAUAAACACAGCGAAAGCCGAAGCUCAGCUAGCCUACGAGCUCCAGGCUGCGAAAAUCAAACAACGAAUACGAAACGAGGAAAUCCAAAUCGAAGUCGUCGAGAGGCGCAAGCAAAUCGAAGUCGAGGAACAAGAGGUUCGUCGUAAGGAACACGAGCUUCGAAGUACCGUGCGACUUCCAGCUGAAGCGGAACACUACAAAAUGGGCAGAGUAGCCGAAGGAAAAAGGACGCAAACGGUCGGCGCUGCAACAGCCGACGCCGAAAGGAUCCGAUUAAUUGGUCAAGCUGAAGCGGAAUCAUUGGAAGCCGUCGGGAAAUCCGAUGCUGAAAGAAUGCGAAUGAAAGCACAGAUCUACAAGAAAUAUGGCGAUGCUGCGAUUCUCAACAUCAUUCUAACUGCUAUGCCAAAGAUUGCAGCCGAAGUAGCUGCGCCAUUGGCCAAAACGGAAGAGAUUGUGCUUUUGGGAGGUGGCGACGGAACGAGUUCAGAAAUUACACGUCUUGUAGGUCAAGUCCCGCCAGCAGUUCAAGCAUUAACAGGUGUUGAUCUUUCCAAAGUACUUGGAAAAAUACCAGGGGCCAAGUAAACACGAACAACCAGUAAUAGGAUCUGAAAAUGAAAUUUUACUCUUAUAUAGCAGAUCAAACGGUUAAAGAAAAGGCAAAUUCAAACAACACAUUAUGCAUAUUACCAAUCAAUUCUCUACCUUACUGCCCACUCCCAUUUUCUCCUCGAGGGAACAAACCUUUGCUUACUGAAUCUGGAUUACUAGAUUAUUAGAUCUUUGGCCUUGAUUAAAAAACCAAAA